UCUCCUCUCCGCCGCUGGAAGCUUCAGUUGACCAGCGUCGCAACUGGGCGAUGCGCCUCCAGGAGAAACUCUUAUAACCUUCCAGCGGCGGAUUUGACGUUCACGCAUUAAAAUUUUAGUGACUCCCUUCUUCUCACGUCUUUCUAACUCGGAGAGAAAAGCUACUCACAAAGAAAAGGUUUUCGUGUUUGAUUUUUGUUUUGUUUUGUUGCGUAUCUGAGAGCUGAGACCCCUCGCAGCAGGCGCUCCUUCCUCCUCCUGAACGAUCCCCUGUGGGAGGAUUUCGCUUUUUAUCCCCCCCACCGCCUGAAAUAUCACAUCCACACAGAGACAACUGAUAACUUAAUCGGAGAUGUUACUGGAGACUGGAGAUUUUUAGUCACUCGUGUCCUCAGUUUGUGUGUUGGAAGCAUCUUGAGACAGACAGCAGGGAGCAGAGGAGGCUGAGCGACCGUCUACAGGCUGUUUGAAAGGUGGGCAGAAACAUCCUGCAGCCAUGCUGUCAGUGGACGAGCCGCUGGACCUGAAGCUUCCCUCCGGACGGACGGACGGUCCCAUGCGAUUAGGAAAGAGGGCGUGUCCUUCGUCUAUUUGCGCCCCUCUCGGCGCCACGCGACCACGCCUGCUGUGCACGACCUUUCCUUCACCACCUUCCUCCCCAGAUUCCCGGUCUCCCUCUCAUGAACGACCCAGGUCCUGCUUCAGCCCUCCAGCCAUGGACCUCAGCCUGUCACCUUCGUCCCGCCACGCCUCCUCCCUCUCCCCGUCUCCCUCCUCACCCUCCUCCCUCUCCCCCUCCUCUCCCAUGGAGUCCCCCCACAGCAGCAGGAGCCCUCAGCCACACCUCUUCUCACGGGAGCCGGCUCGUCAUCGAGGCGUGGAGGGCAGAGCUUCACCACAGGGCUUUCCGUUCUACCUGCCGAUCGGAAGUCCGCCGAGGGCGUACAGCUUCCCCUCGUCCAUGUUCAUCAGUCAGAACCGAGAGAAGCAGGUUUCACCGGAGCCCUCAUUGGAUGGUCAGCUGGCCUGCCGCUGGAUGAAGUGCCACCUGCUGUUCGACUCACUGCAGGACUUGGUGGAUCACAUCAACGACUUCCACGUGAAGCCCGAUAAGGACUCCGGUUACUGCUGCCAGUGGGAGGGCUGCGCUCGCAACGGGAGAGGCUUCAACGCCAGGUAUAAAAUGCUGAUCCACAUCCGCACACACACCAAUGAGAAGCCGCACCAUUGUCCCACCUGUAACAAGAGCUUCUCGCGUCUGGAGAACCUGAAGAUACACACCCGCUCGCACACAGGAGAGAAACCCUACAUCUGCCCUUAUGAAGGCUGCAGCAAACGUUACUCCAACUCCAGCGACCGCUUCAAACACACGCGCACCCACUACGUUGACAAGCCUUACUACUGCAAGAUGGCAGGCUGCCUGAAGCGCUACACAGACCCCAGCUCGCUACGCAAGCACAUCAAGGCACACGGGCACUUCGUUGCCCAGGAGCAAGGCACUCCGAGCAGGCUGGGGACGGGUCUGGGCCUCCCCGGGCACCAGAGCACCGCCGAACUGCCACCUGUAGGCGGAACCCACAUCAUCAUCCCCGGGGCUGCUGCGGCUCUUCUCGGAGGCCUCGGGACCUCUUUGCCUCUCUCCGCCUUUUGCCAUGCCCGAGCCCUGGGCCACCACGGGGCGCCACUCUUCUCCGUGGGUGGAGGCGGAGGCGGCAGGAUGGGGCCGCUCGGCCUCGCGGACUCUCCCCUGUUGCACUUUGGACUUUCAGCUGCGUCGAUGUUAGGCCUGGGAGCUCUGAGAGGGCUGGGACAGAUGGCGGGCAAGGCGAUGGAGGGCGAGGAGGAAGAGGAUGAUGGAGAGGAGGGGGAAGUGCUGAACCUGUCUGCAGGGGUGGGGUCCAGGCGAGGCGACCCGCUGUCCUGGGUGGUUGUUCCGCCGAGGGCCCUCCUCCUCAAACCAGCUGUCGUCAGCUAGAAUGUGCACUCAGCAUCACAUAGAACUAGGGGGGUGUGUGUGGUUUUUUUUCCACGUUUGCAUGAAUGUGUGUCCGUGUGUUUGUGUGUGUGUGUGCUCACAGCCAUACAUGCAGGAUUACAAUGAGUGUGUGUGUGUGUGUGUGUGUGUGUGUGUGUGUACAUGGGAGGGAUCAACGGUCGCCUGCAGAGCCAUAAAACAAACACUUCAGUCAUUCCAGAAGCACCUGAAGACAGACUGAAAGACCAAGACGUCUCUUUGUGUCGGCUGAACAAAACCUAACACACCCUCUCUGGGUGUUGGGUCGCUAAAACUGUUAAAGGGCCAAUUCACACAAAUUUCGAAGGAAACGUGCUCAUCCCAAGAGGUGUCCCGCCAUGCAGAUCAGUUUUUGUCAGCUGACGUUUUUAGUUGUCCUGAAAGCAGCACUAAAACAUCUCUGAGGUGCUUGCUUUUGGACGUCGCAGUGUUACGAGACUUACAAAUCAAAUUCCGGAGGCGGAGGAUGUUUUUCAAGGUUGAUAUCUCGAAACCGUGGACACAAACAACAAACAAACAUCCUCAUACUUUAACAACUGAAUAGGUCAAUCACCAGCGACUCCCAAAUGACCAAUCAAUCACCAAUCCCUAAAUAACACGGCUAGACACUAAAACUACUCGGUUAGGUUUAGGGAAACAUCGUGAUCUGGAUUAUGAAACGUACCCAACCACAUCCAUCUGCAUGGCCUGAUGGGAUUUGAGUGAGCUGACCCUUUGACAUCCCUCGAUUCUCCUCCGGUUCACGGCAGACAAUCACCUGCGUUAGAUUUACUAAACCAGGUCAUGAAAAGAGCAGGUACACUAACCACUUUGUAGUUUUUAUGUUCGACAACCCCCAUCGACUGCUUCUACAGACCCACUCAUGGAUACAUACGGGGAAAGGCAGGAACAUGGGGAGCGAUAACAGAUAUAAUCCAUACACAACUAAAAACGUAACAUUUAGGAAUAUGCAGCGUGGCAAUUAAGAUCCAUCUUCAGUGUUUUUCCUCUCAGAUGAGGUUAAGAAUUUGUACACGUGAGGGGGUUCAAUUACCAAAAACUA